AUGUGGGACAAGCUUGAGGUUACAUAUGAAGGAACCAGCAAAGUAAAGGAAACACAUAUCAACAUGUUGGUUCAUGAUUACGAACUCUUCUCAAUGAAAGAAGGAGAAUCUAUUGAAGAGAUGUUCGCCAGGUUUAGCAAAAUAAUUAGCAAUCUAAAGGCAUUUGGCAAGCCAUAUACUAGUGGAGAACUCAUAGCCUUUGAAAAGACGCAUCUCAAGAAGCCUAGUCAAGAAGAAAAAAAGAAGAUAGUCGCAUUCAAAGCUUCAACUGAAAUAGUUGAAAAUGAAAUUGAUGAUGAUCCUGAAGCUCUACAAGAAGAGAUUGCUAUGAUAUCAAGAAACAUGGAUGGCUUAAUGAGAAGAUUCAGAAAUACAAAGAAAGGAAGAAUUCUGCCCAGACGAUCUAGAGGCAUUAACAAGAACAAAUCUUUUGGAAGCUGGAGUGAUGAAGACAGUUCAGAACACGAAGAGAUAGCAAAUCUUUGCUUCAUGACAAUUCUGGAAAACGAGAUGAACAAAUCCACAGGAUGCUGGACAGAUGAGGACACUUCAGAUGAUGAAGGCAAAGAUGAUAAUAAAAACUAUUUCAUGGCACGAGGUGAAACAAGUAAGGAACACCACAGAAUAAGCCACAAAGGAAAAUGGUAUCUAUACAGUGCGUGUUCCAACCACAUAACAGGUGACAAAAACAUGUUCAAAGAAGUUACUAAAAUUGAUGGAGGAAGCGUUAAGUUUGGGGAUGACUCAAAAGGUAAAAUAAUUGGUACUGGAACAAUUCCUUUCAAUAACAACUAUUACAUCACUGAAGUUUAUCUCGUCGAUAGACUCAACUACAACCUCCUGAGCAUAAGUCAACUAUGCGACUCAGGAUAUGAGCAUCUGGGGGCUCUGAGGAAGGUUUUAAAUGAACGGUUGAAAGCUAGCCAAGUGAAAGAAAGCCCAACUCAAAAUUCUGAUUCUAGCUCUGAGAUUGAAUCUUUUCAAUACACUACUGAGGGAGAUGGACAUGGGUCUUCUGACUCUGAGAAGACUCAAGAAUUCCCUACUGAGGUAAGUUCAUCUGUUAUUAAAAACUUAGAAACUAGGUUUGUUCUGGUUGGACCCGGUAGGGAUAUUAAGCUGGCUGAGACGAGUAGGAGUGGAGAGAGGUUAGAAGAGAGUGGCAUGAAGUCAGAGGGAAGUGGGUCUGGGGAGGCUGCUGAGGGGUUGGUUCAUCUGAGCAAAAAGAGAGAUGAACCUGUUUCAUUUACUAAAGAGGCCCUAGCUGAUCUACUGAGAAAGAUUGGGGAAAGUUAUGACCCAAAGAAAUGCAAAGCUACCACACCAAAAGCACCAAAUAUUCCCAAGCCAUCCAAGAAAAGAAAAGUCUCAUCCCAAACACCUACUGGCUCUUCAGUGCCUAGGGGUAGAGCUCCAAGAAGUAGGGUAAAACAAAGUGAAACUGAUCUACAAAAGGCUUUAGAAGAAAGCAAGUAA